CGUCCUUUCACAUUCAUCACCAGCAAACUUUGUAAAUCAAAACCUUCCACUGCAGCAUUACUUUCUAGCCAUGGCCGCCUCUACAAUGGCUCUUUCUUCUCCAUCAUUCGCCGGAAAGGCGGUGAAGCUUUCACCGUCUGCCUCCGAGAUCACCAGCAACGGAAGAGUCUCGAUGAGAAAAACUGUUAACAAGCCAGUUUCGUCUGGCAGCCCAUGGUACGGUCCUGACCGGGUUAAGUACUUGGGACCAUUCUCCGGUGAGCCCCCCAGCUACUUGACCGGUGAGUUCCCAGGUGACUACGGUUGGGACACUGCUGGACUCUCAGCUGACCCAGAAACCUUUGCCAAGAACCGUGAGUUGGAAGUUAUCCACUGCAGAUGGGCCAUGCUUGGAGCUCUUGGAUGUGUCUUCCCCGAGCUCUUGGCUCGCAAUGGUGUCAAAUUUGGCGAGGCCGUGUGGUUCAAGGCCGGAUCCCAGAUCUUCAGCGAAGGUGGGCUCGACUAUUUAGGGAACCCAAGCUUGAUACAUGCUCAGAGCAUCUUGGCUAUCUGGGCUUGCCAAGUUAUCUUGAUGGGAGCUGUUGAGGGUUACCGUGUAGCUGGAGGGCCACUCGGUGAGGUAGUCGACCCACUUUACCCCGGUGGAAGCUUCGACCCAUUGGGACUUGCUGAUGAUCCAGAGGCUUUCGCUGAACUUAAGGUGAAAGAAAUUAAGAAUGGAAGAUUGGCUAUGUUCUCCAUGUUCGGAUUCUUUGUUCAAGCUAUUGUAACUGGAAAGGGACCAUUGGAGAACUUGGCCGAUCACCUUGCAGACCCUGUUAACAACAAUGCUUGGGCCUAUGCCACAAACUUCGUCCCUGGAAAGUAAAUUCGAAAAAAACAUGAGUGUACUUGUUUUAUCGACUUUUAUGUAAAAUUAUUGUGAACUAAUGGAGUACAAUGUGAAUUUUGAGUGAA